CAAUUACAAUUAAAUGUAGAACCCACAUAAGUCUACCGCAUAGUCAGCGGAUACUUUCGUUUCAACUCCCUGAGGGUGUUUUUCUUUCAUUGGAUCAGUAGAAGGAAAGAGUGAGCGAAACGAACUAAAAUGGGGUCAAUCGCAAAGAAUGGAUUAGAACAGUAUUUGAUACAACUCCAACAACACCCUUUGAGAACCAAGAUGAUAACUGCAGGAACGCUGUCAGCGAUCAGUGAUAUAGUGGCGCAGAAGCUCUCUGGUAUUCAAAAGCUUCAACUCAGACGCCUUCUUCUCAAAGUGAUUUUUGGUGCUGCCUAUCUGGGACCAUUUGGGCAUUUUUUUCACAUUUUUCUCGACAAGAUUUUUAAAGGGAAGAAGGAUACAAAAACUGUUGCCAAGAAGGUGGUACUGGAGCAACUGACUUCUUCGCCUUGGAACAAUAUGUUUUUCAUGAUUUACUAUGGGUUUGUUGUUGAGGGAAGACCCUGGAUCCAUGUGAAAUCCAAAAUAGAGAAGGAAUAUCCCACUGUGCAGUAUACAUCAUGGACAUUCUGGCCAGUUGUUGGAUGGGUAAAUCACCAAUAUGUACCACUUCAGUUCCGGGUUAUAGUCCAAAGUGUUGUUGCAUGUUUCUGGGGAAUAUUUUUGAACCUGCGAGCAAGGUCUAUGCCGCUAAAAAAAGGUUAAUGAAGUCGUGAGAAAGGAAUUUGCAACAAGUACGAUUAUGUAGUCUCUGGACACUUGACUUUGCCUCUCUUAACUUGUAUUUUUCUUGAGCAGUUUAGACGUAAAAUCUGAAUGUCGAUGGUAUUGCGUAUCUGUAAGCACUUUAUUAUGCCGAACUAUUUAUUUAUCCAAGCUGUGGUAGUAAUGGCUUUUUCAAGAAUAGUCUUUUUUAUUUUUUGCCUCAGAAAAGAAAUGGUCCUAUAAUUUGCAAUA